AUGUUGAGUUGGCGGGCAUCUUGCAAGAAAGAUGUCUCGCAUUUGGUCACACAAAUUGAAUUGCGUGAGAAGUACAAGAAGAUUGAAGACGAUAAUGCCAUUAUGCGUCAGUUGGAGCAAGAAUCGACAAGGCAGUGGCAGUUUCCUCAAGAGUAUAUUGCAUCCGCGCACCCUGUUCUUGGUAUCGACGAAGUUCAGGUUGGUGUGCCCUACGACAUAGCAAAGGCUUGGUCUUCUUUGAGACGCAAACAUGCUCUUGAGUGCCAAAAGUUUGUGGUGGAGCACCAAAAACGUGCCCUGACAUAUUUCGAAACCAAAACCGACUACAAGGAAGUGAAGCAGCACGUGAACGACAUCGUUACCUUGUGGUACUCUCAAAACUCCAGCCNNAAGAGCCGCAUGUCUGAAGCUGCCGCAAGCCGGCAGAAGAAGCAAGCUGCUCUUUUGGAGGCAGAAACCAAAUUCCAAGCCAUGGACCCACAGAUGCUCAUUGCUAUGAUCGAACUUGACAAGGUGGCUAAGCAAUGCAGCAGAAAAGACGGCACAACAGCAAAACAUGUUGAGCUUUGCAAAACCAGUGAGUUGGCAGCACUCGUUCGCAAAUUUCCUGACCUGCACAACCACUUUGUGAUCAAAUUUGUUGACCGACCUUCAAGCCGUGCACAAACAGGACUCGUGUUACAAGCAAGGGCAGACGGUUCGCAUCUCGGCAUUCUGAUGGUGGAAAGUCUACGGGCAAAGGUGGUGCAAAACCGAAAGGUCGAGGUCGCGGGCGUGGAUACGGUCCCCAUGGACUUUGAACUUGCCACGAUCGACAUCAAAAACCUCUACCCGUCUAUCCAUGCUGAGCACCUUUUGAAAGUGCUGAGCGAUGAAGUUCUUGACUUCUAUG